AUGAAUAAAAUUUUAACCUUUGUUUUUAUCUUAUUAUUAAUUAAUGUUACAUUAGCCAGAAGAAGAUCACAUUUUACCAAAACUGAUUCCAGUAUAGUAUUCACACCAAAAGGUGCUUUAAAUGGUCUCGUUAAGGAUACUCAUCGUGUUUUCUAUGGUGUUCCAUUUGCUCAACCACCAGUAGAUGAUUAUAGAUGGAUUGAUCCAAUUGAUGUUAAAGAAUGGAAACACAUUAGAGAUGCCACCCAACAAAAACCAGAAUGUGCUCAAAGAUGUACUCUUGGUGAAGGUGCUUGCUCUCCACUUGGUCCAUCAGAAGAUUGCUUAUAUCUUGAUGUAUUUACACCAAGAAAUGCAAAUCCAGAAUCUAAAUUACCAGUUAUUGUCUUUAUUCCAGGUGGUGCUUUCUCAGAUUUAUUAAGCGGUAACUUUGGAUUUUUAGAUCAAAUUAAAGCAUUAGAGUGGGUUAAUCAAAACAUCGAGGCAUUUGGAGGUGAUAAAACAAAAGUUACAAUUUAUGGACAAUCAGCAGGUGCUUUCUCAGUUGCAACACAUCUUGUUUCACCAUAUUCAAAACCAUAUUUCCAAGCUGCUAUUCUUUCAUCAACUCCAUUAACUCUUGGUGUCAAAGAAAAAUCAAUUGCUAGAGGUUUCGCCAAAAGAUUCAAUAAACAUCUCGGAUGUCCAGAUGUUGAUGAUUUAGAAUGUCUCCGUAGUAAAUCAAUGGAUGAAGUUUUAGAGGCUCAAUCAAAAGUUAAAUACAAUAUGCUUUUGGGUGAUAAUAUUUUAGAUGCUUUUACCAUCUGGUCCCCAAUUCUUGAUGGAAAUGUUAUUCCAAAACAACCAUUAACUGCCAUUAAAGAUGGUGAAACCCACGAUGUCCCAACUAUUAUUGGUGAUGUUAAAGAUGAAGGUAUUAUUUUCAUAAAUCUUGCAUUCCCAAAUGGUCUUAGCCAAUUGAUCUAUAACACAACUGUUGGUCUCUUAUUCCCAGGUAAUAAAAAUAACAUCCUUUCUUUAUACCCUGGUCAAGCAGGUGAUUCAAGCGCUGCUUGUUCAAAUUUAAUGAACGACUAUUUAUUCCAAUGUCCAGGUAGAUAUCAUGUUAACCAAUUAGUUGCAAAACAUAACUCUCCAGUAUACCACUAUUAUUACGCACAUGUUAAAUCAACUGGAGGUCCAGCUCCAAUCUGCGAUGGUAAUGUUUGUCAUGGUGAAGAAUUGAGUCUCGUCUUUAACAGCUACGAACUUAUGGAUGAAGAUCUUGAUGACGAUGAAAUCGACAUGGCUCAAACACUCAACAACUAUAUUGUAAACUUUGCUACAACUCACAAUCCAAAUCAAGGUAUUAAAGUACCAACCUGGGAACCAGUUCUUUCAACCAAAAAUAGAACAUUAGUAAUCGUCGAUGAUUUCCAAUCAUUAGAUAAGACUUCAAACAAUCCAAAAUGCGACUUGUUAGAUUCAACCUCAUACAGAGGUUAUACUAAAGUUGCUCAAAGAUCAAUUAAAAAAUCAAAUAAUUAA